AUGGCGUCUUCUUCCCCGAUCCUGCAGCAGCUGGGCUGCUUCCGCUCCCUCCUCCUGAAGCCCCAGUCGCUGUCGUCCACCACUACCGUCAACAACCAGAUCGGUCGCCGUGCGCUCAGCACCGUCUACUCCGCGAAACCUGAGCCCAAGCCUCUUCCUAAGAACCUGCCGGAGCAGUUCCUUCGUCAAUUACCGCUUCGUAUGCGGCCGAAUCCUGAGCGCAAAGAACGCAAGAUCCCUCCUCCUCCGCCCGCCCCUCAGUGCAAGGACCCCGUGAACGCCGUGCAAGAGGCCCAAUUGGCGCAGCUGGAUCCCACGGGCGAGCGCCGCGCUCUUUUCGACUACAGACGGAGUCCUCGCAGUGUCAAGGUCGGCGAUAUCCUGCGGGUGACGUUCAAGAAUGGAGAUCCGUUCUCCGGUGUGUGUUUGAGCAUUCGGUUGCGCGGUGUUGAUACGUCGUUCUUGUUGCGCAACCAGUUGACGAGAGUUGGAGUUGAGAUGUCGAUUAAGGUGUUCAGUCCUAAUGUUGAGAGUGUGGAGAUUGUCCAGAGGGCGGAGAAGAGGAAGAGACGCGCGAGGUUGUAUUACAUGAGGAAGCCCAAGCACGAUAUGGGCAGCGUCGAGAACCUCGUUGCCAACUACCUCCGACAGAAGAGAUCGCUUACUGGCAAGAGGGGCGGUGGCCAGACGAAGAGACGGUAG